AUGGAAAGAGGUGGUGGUGGUGGAGGCGGUAAUGGUAGUAUUCGUCGGCGGCUAUCAACGGAGGAAAGAACUGAUUCAUCGAACAACCUCCGAGACUUGCUCCGAUUCAAAGACGACAACAGCCACCGUCCAAUCCUGACAGGUCUAACAUUAAGCGCAGUAUUAGGCGCCGAGGAAAGACCAUUAAACCGGACACUUCUUGACAUCAUCCGCGAUGACUCGGCCGUUAACAAAGACCACAGGAAGACCUGGAAAUAUUUCAAAGACAAGCUCCGUCUCCGCCGCACCAGCACCGCUUGGACCUCCACCAUCCACAUUCCAACCUCCGAUGUUCCGAUUCAGCAAAAUAAUAAUAGGAUGAUGGCGCGGCGGCAUUCGACUAGGAUUCAGAAUAUGAAUGCUCCCAACUCGAAUGACACGACUAAUGAGUCGACCCAACCAGAAUUAUCAUCAGCAACUCAUGCUGAACUGAAUUCAAUAGCGAGUAAUAGAGCCAUGUCGUUGAGUCGCAAUUCGAGCAUUAUUCCAGAGAGACAGAUCAGUAGGUUGAAUAGUACGAACGAAAGCAAUGUUGCUGGGGACAGAACAGCUUUACCCACUGAGGAGGGAGUGGGAGAGGCAGAGGCAGAGGAAGGAGUAGGAGAGACAGAGGAGACGGCAGUGGAGAGGGAGGAGGAAGGGGGAGGGGAGGCACCUGAGAGGAUGUCGUUGAUGGCGUUGUUGGCGGAGACGGAUAGGCAAAUGGGGUUGGAUGGAUCGGCGUUUAUGAUGGAUGAUGAGGAAGAAGAGGAAGUGGGAGAGAGUGGAGGGGUGGUUGGUGGAGGAGAGUAUAAUAAUUGCUGUGUAUGCAUGGUGAGGCACAAGGGUUCAGCGUUCAUACCAUGUGGGCAUACAUUUUGCAGGCUGUGCUCUAGGGAGCUUUGGGUACAGAGGGGGAAUUGCCCUCUUUGCAAUGGGUUCAUCUUGGAAAUUCUUGAUAUUUUCUGA